GCACUCGAACCGCUAUUGCUCAGAGCUCAAACUCUUGAGUGAGCUCUUAACCAACUGAGCCACUUGGCAGACCCUUACAACUUACUCCACUUUUGAUGGACAUAAAGACUGUUUCCAGUUUUUUGCUAAUUAUGGACAGUGCUGUGAUGAAUAUUCUUGUACAUGUAUCCUGAUGCAUGUUUUCCUGAGGUUUAUGUAGGGAAGGUUUGGCUGGGCCACACCUCUUCACAUCUUCAGCAUUAACAGAUGAUGCCAAAUUGUUUUCCAUGGUGCAAGGUGGUUGCAUCAACCAUAACAAUUUACAAUCCCAACAGUAGUGUUUCAGUUGUUAGACAUCUUCACCAGUACUUGAUGAUUACAUUUUUUUCAAAUCAUUAAAACAGUAUCUCAUUGUAGUUUGAAAUGUAGUUUAAUGUGCAUUUCUAGGAUUUCUAAUGAUAUUGAACAUCAUGUUCUAUGUUUAUUGGCCAUUUCCUUUCUCUCGUUUGAAAAGUGUCUGUCUAUUCGAGUCAUUUGCCCAUGUUUCUUCUAUUGAUUUAUCUGUUUCUCGUUGAUUUGUAGCUCUUCAUAUGUCCUGGGCACUAAACCUUAGUCACUUUAACAAGUAUUUUGUUAAGCAGGAGUAUGUUUUAUUUAUCUGGCUAUUUAUCUGUUGAUCCUGGAGGUAGAGAGUACAAAAUUCUAAAUUAGACCAAUAAGGAUCCUUUAGGAUUACAACUUCGAUUUCCCUCCACAUCUGUCCCACAUCUCUCUCCACAUCUGUCAAAGUGCUGGAGGCACUUCAGUGAAAUUAAGAUUUUUCAAUGGCUGAGCGGGAAGGUUAUAGGCUAUUUUUGUUUUGCUUUGUUUCAUAAAGAACCAAUCACAAGACAGAAUGUCGAGUUGUCAGAUUUUGAUACCUCCAGAGGAGGGCGGGGACGCUUUGAGGUGAACUCGCGGCCCUCUUGUUGGUGACUGGCGCGGGAGAACCUGUUUCUUUUGCCCCAGGUGCUGCCUUGUGAUCUGCGCAGAUGCUGUGUCUCUCCAGGUUCACGGGAAGUUCUCCGAACUGAGGGCCAAGUUCCGUUGGUUUAAGUCCCUCCAGGCCUGGUACCCAGCCAAGCGCUCGGUUUCUUUACAGCUUUACCUAUAGCGCCCCAGAAAUGCAAGGUCCCGCCGCUGUGCUAGGAAUUACAGUCGGGUAGGCUGGAAUGCGCAGCACACCCGAGGUGGUAUUUUAGCUGUAGCCACAAGCCUCCUAUCCCCCUGUCUUCCCUGCUGAAGGAGUCUCUGGAGAACGUGUCCUGAGGGUGGGAAGUGGGGAGCCACUAAAAGCUUUAGAGAUGUCCCCAGAUGCGGUGGGCUGGACUUGGGGGCUUCAGCCGGGUCGCCGUUUGCUCCCUGCUCUGUUUCACUGGGACGCGAGCGGGCACAAGCAGGACUUUGGAAACUGUUACUGGAGGUGUUGCAAUAGGGGCGCAAGGUCAACACACGCGCUUGGCGCCGCGGCCUGUGGUAGCCCUCCGAGGCUGGUGGGCCACCCCCGCUUCCAGGCCUCGGGCGUCCGAGCGGCCCCCCACAACACGCAUUCUCUUCGCGGCUGGACCCGGGCAGAAGCCGCAGGUCACCCGGAGUCCUAGUGCGCUGCCCCGGGUUAGGGGCGGGUCCCGAAUAGCUGGGUGCAGGGGCGCGUCACGGGCACCAGUUCCUGAUUGGCCGCCGUUGCGGUCACCGGCCGGGCGCACUGGGAUUGGCACAGCCCGAGGCCAGAGCCGGAGUAACGGUACUCCGGACGCCGGGUUGCAGUUUGGGAGGCCGAGGGGGUGGCGUCGCCGUCGAGCCCAAAGCCCAAGGUGGGAGCCUGGCCGGGACCCGCGCACCAUGCCCUACCUGCUCAUCAGCACUCAAAUCCGCAUAGAGGCGGGCCCCACCAUGGUGGGCGAUGAGUACUCCGAUCCAGAGCUGAUGCGGCAUCUGGGGGCUUCAAAGAGAAGCGUCCUGGGAAACAACUUCUCUGAAUACUUCGUCAAUGACCCCCCUCGCAUAGUCCUGGACAAGCUGGAACGCAGGGGCUUCCGGGUGCUGAGCAUGACAGGGGUGGGCCAGACACUGGUGUGGUGCCUGCACAAGGAGUGACGCUCACACUGAGGAGCAGACAGGGCACCCCUUCUUUGAGUGGUUGCCAUGGGCCCCGAUCCCAAGCCCCUGUCUCACUCCCUGCCCUGUCCCUCUCUUCCUAAAUCAUUUUUCCUUGGCCCAGCACCACUGGGCAGUGAAGCCUGCCUCAGCAGGGGGUGGGAAGGGCCGGACCCCUUGUCCUGGUGCUCCCAAGUGCCCCUCCACCUUCUGGCCUGGCUGAGGGCGUUGGAGGAGGCCAUGUUCAUGGGUAGGCUGAGGGGUUGGCAAGAGCCAGGAGCAUGGCCCCUGGACUGGGCGGGUGGGUCUUGUGUAGCUGGUCCAAGCCAAUAAAGGGCUGCGAUGAGUGGUUGCUCCUCUGCACUGCA